AAUUUUGAUAUGUCUUCUUGACAACCGUCAAUUUCUGUCAAUAUCAACAAAUCAAUUAAACGUCAAAAUAUCGAAUUUGAUUUCAAGAUGUGAAAAUUGCCUCUAUAUUUGCGAAAAUGAAUUUCUCAUUGUGGUGGAUGUUUACAUAUUAUUUUCGUUCAGUGAUUAAAUGGUUUUUGAGAAAAACAACAGGGCUAUGUGAAUUGCAACGAAUUUGUUACGGUGAGGUGGCCGGAGCACCUCGCAUAAAAAAAGUGGAAAGUUGCUUAUACAUGUCAAAAUCACAUCAAAUAAAACAACUCAUCCAACAUCUUAAUAGCAUUUCUGAUUCUAAUGGAUUCUUCGGUCCAAAUUAUAAAAAUGUAUUAAAUGGAGCAGUUAAGGUUGUAUUAUUAGUGAAAGAAAUUGAUCCAAAAAUACAUUUUCAAUUUGUUAAAAGUUUUGAAAUAUGUGUUAAACAGAUUUGGGGUUAUAGACAACUCAUUGCUGAAGUAGAGCGAUUAAGAACUACCUCUUAUGACAGUGAAAAUCUUGAGCACGAAAACAAAUUAAAUAAUCUGUGGAUGAACCUCAAACCCGAAGAAAAACUUGAAGGUCGGAUUACUAAACAGUGGCAAGAUAUUGGAUUUCAAGGAGAAGAUCCAAAAACUGAUUUUCGAGGAAUGGGUCUAUUAGGUUUAGAAAAUCUAUUAUUUUUUGCUAGCGUUCAUCGUUCGGCAGCUCAACAUGUUCUUAGUCAUUCGUAUCAUCCCAAACACGGUUAUUGUUUUGCCAUUGUAGGUAUUAAUCUUACAAGUUUAGCAUGGUCUUUGUUAAAAGAAGGUAGUGCAAAAACUUAUGUAUAUAAUAAUUGUAUAAAUAUACCUUCAAUAACACUAUUUCAUCAUUUCUAUAGUUAUCUGUUUUAUGAAUUUGACAGAUUUUGGAUGGAAUGUAGGCCUAAAAAUAUAAUGGAGUUUUCAAAUAUCAAAAAUAAAUUUGAAAACAAUAUCAGAUCAUCUUUACAAGAUUCAAAUACUGAUUUCAGAAUUGGUGUUACUGUUAAUUAUGUAUAACAUUAUUUGCUUCAUUGGAUGUUGUUUACUUUAUUAGAAAAUAACAUGGCGAUUCACAACUUUUACAGUCAUACAGGGGAUUGAUGACCUAUGCCUAUAUACAGAAUCGUCCAUCGUACCUUUUCUUUAUAGAAAUAAAAAAGAUAUUGAUAAAAAUGAUAUUUCUAAAAUUUAUUCUUUAUCUCAGAGGAUAUUACUCAUAUUUUUAUGAAAUUAUAGUAGAUCUCUAAUAAAUCUAUAGUCUAAAACAUUAAUAGUCAAGCUUACCUUUAGUCAAAAUAGAAAUUAAACGCUUAUUGCUCUAAUUGUGGUCAGUAGGGGCUACUUUUCAAUGUAUGUUUUUGUUGACGUAUUUUAGAGACUUGAAAAAAAGUCACUUGAGACAAAAGACAAAGUUACAAGCCUGGAAGUUUAAUUAGUAAUAAUGAUGUUCAAUCUAUAAUUGUUUGUAUAAAAUUACAUGUAGGGUAUAUUUACUUCAUUAUUAAUUAUCAGUUCAGCAAUGAUUUUCAUACAGUAUGUAUUCUGUAGUAUAUUCAGUGAGCUUAAUGUUGUAUGUAGAGGUUUGCAAAUAGUGUAGACAAUUACCAGAAUAGUGGCUCUACAUACAAGCCAUUGGCUAUAUUUAGUUUCCAACUGCUUUUACUUAUUCAUAGACUUAAAAAAAUACUCUCCAUAAAAAUGAUAGGCUUACAUGAGUAGGUGACUAAAUGCCUUUCUUAAAGAAAAGUUUAUUUGUUUUGCAAGAAAUGUAUCAAAAUAUUACAAGAAGUGCUCUUGAAUAAUACUGAAAUGAUUUCUUUACUAACAAAAUCAUCAUGCUGUUUGGCUUUAGCUUCGUCUUUCAGCUUUCUUCAUUCUAUUCUGUUUUUGCAUUUAGCGUUCCAGUUUACUAUUUCUAAGAUUCUGGUAUCUUCAAUUUGGUUUCUCCAGGUAUUUUCUAUAGGUUGCCUUGAUGUGUCCUGCACGAUUUAGUCUUUGUGCUUUUACAUACUACCAUAUUUUUUUCUCCCAGUUCUUCUAUUUCUUGUGAAGGUAUUUAAGGCACUCAAUAUUAAUUAAGCUCAAAACUGGGCACAUCAUAGUCGCAGUGACGUAUCAUCAUCAACAUAUUUUAUUUAUGAUGUGUAUGUAUAUAAUAAAGAUCAACUUUAUUUUCAGGAUGCUAUUUUGUGUUUAUAAUUGUAAUAGCAAAAAUUAUUUAGUAGCACGAAGAGGUAUUGUGAUUUUCUUAGAGAACUAACGAAAUACCAGUAGACAUUUUAAAUUGAAUCUCUAGGAAAAGGUUAUUACUAUUUUCUUGAUUAUGUUUUUUGUAUAUUUACUUUACAAAUCAGGGAUUACUUUUGUAUUUCAGAUUAUUUUGAAAAAUAUUUCCUUUAUGGUUGUAGACAUAGUUGAAAACCUAUUGGUUUUAGAGCCUUAUAUUUUAAAAUUGUUUUUAAUAAAAGCUUGAAUCCAA